AUGGCUGCGGGGAUGUAUUUGGAACAUUAUCUGGACAGUAUCGAAAACCUUCCCUUCGAACUGCAUAGAAACUUUCAGCUCGUGAGGCACCUGGACCAAAGAGCAGAGGGCCGGAAGGCUGAAAUUGACAAGUUGGCCACUAAGUAUAUGAGUAGCAACCGCAGCCGGAGCUCCGAGGUAAAAUUGGCUCUUCUCAAACAGAUCCAAGAAGCCUAUGGCAAAUGCAAGGAAUUUGGUGACGACAAGGUGCAGCUUGCCAUGCAGACCUAUGAGAUGGUGGAUAAACACACUUGGCGACUGGACACAGACCUGGCCCAUUUUGAGGCUGAUUUAAAGGAGAAGCAGAUUAUUGAAUCAAGUGACUAUGACAGCUCGUCUAGCAAAGGCAAAAAGAAAGGCGGGACUCAAAAGGAGAAGAAAGCUGCCCGUGCUCGUUCCAAAGGGAAAAACUCAGAUGAAGAAGCUCCCAAAGCCACCCAAAAGAAGUUAAAGCUUGUGCGCACUGUUCCAUUGAGUGGUUCCACUUUGCCUGCGUGGGGCUGA